GAAAGUGUUUCCGGUAAAAAAAAAAAUGUCAGCGCUCAGAGGGUCCACAUGUUUAUUCAAAAGAAUUCUCUCGAAAGGAACAAACAUAAAAUGUGAUUCAUAUGAAAACUAUAGGACUAUAUCAAGUUUUCGAUAUUUAUAUCAACCAAAUACAUUUCGGAAUCCGUUAGGUGUCUGUGCGUGUGUGUUCUUUCGAAGGUCGAACAAUCUGUGGUUUCACAACAAGGGUGUUUUAUAUAGUAACAGUGUUACGUCAGACAUAAACGUGAACAAUGAGAAGGAAGAUGAUAAAAAAUCUAAAUGGAAGAAGUACGGGGAAUAUUUUAUGUGGUUUACUCUUGCUUCUGUUUCGGCUGGGUGUGCCUACAGUGGCUAUGUGUUAGGCCUACCAGUAAGAGAUCCAGAGGGCACCGUGGUGGAGGAUGAAUUUGGAAAAGGGUUUUCCAUUCAGAGGAGUCUUGCCAACUUCAAAAUGAAGAAACAGGAAAUAGAGGAACCCUCCAGAAAGAAGUUGCUCCCUGAACCACUGCAGGCCCCGUUUAUCCAGCCACCCUACACACUGGUGAUCGAGAUCACCGGGAUUCUUGUCAAACCAGAGUGGACGAUUAAGAAUGGCUGGCGAUUUAAGAAGAGACCAGGUGUGGAUUACUUCCUCCAGGCCAUCGGUCCUCCCCUGUUUGAGACCGUGGUAUACACAUCUGAGACUGGCAUGAAUGCUGUUCCUGUGAUUCACAGCCUCGACCAACAAGGACAUAUUAUGUACAAGUUAUACAGAGAUGCCACAUUGUAUGAUGGCAAAGAUCAUGUCAAGGAUCUGUCUUAUUUGAAUAGAGACUUAAACAAAGUAAUUAUGGUAGACUGCAAAUCUAAAGCUGUGAAUCUUCAGCGAAGGAAUGCUUUUGUUCUAAAGGAGUGGGACGGCAAUGAGAACGACACUACUCUGUUUGACCUGGCCUCAUUCCUCCAGACAUUAGCACACAGUAAAGUUGAUGAUGUCCGGACAGUGCUAGAUUACUAUAUGCAAUUUGAGGAUCCUAUUGCCAAAUUUAGAGAAAACCAACUACUUCUUCAGGAGGAACAAGAGAGACUAAGACAAAUGCAGGAGAAACCGAAACGAAAAUCGCCAUUGGAUUUUGCUAAGUCAUUUAAAAAGUGACAAACCAAUAACAAGUGUUGUUACUCAGAUUUUAAUCAACCAUGAAGUUCUCUGUAUAACAGCAAUGAUUAAUAUGUAUGUGGAUAACUGUGUGUGUAUAUAAGCAGUUAACGUCGUACUCGAACGAUUUCCUUAUCGGUGACUUUGUUAUCUGGACAGUAGAUUUCAGUUCAACUGAAAUAUAUACAUUGUGUGAAUUAAUUCAUUAUAGUAAUGAUGACUGUGUCUUGGAGCUAGUUUUCACAUAUUAAAUAUCAUUGAAUCUAUAA